UGCAGACUCCAGACGGAUCAAAAUCUCUCUCGUCUUGAAUUUCGUCUCUGCGGCCGUCGUCUGCUGCCACGGUCGCUAACUCUCACGAUCUCCACGCCUCGAUAGAAGACACAGAAACGCACCCGGCAAAGAACAAUAGCUAAAUCACCCUUAUAAUAACCCCAUGUGCCUAACGAUCUAUAUCAAAAGCAUAGUCACAUGGAAACGAACGAGGGUCAGUCCGUAGCGUUAAGAGGAGUGAGAGUUAGGAGUGAGCGUGGGAGUGGGCGGAGGACGACGGGACAGGCCGCCCAGUGUUGUCUCACGAGUCUGAUCAUUCACUCUACCUGGAAUCCGUGUCUUCCCUCUGCCCUCCCUCAGAUAACGCACCCGACGCCUCUGUAAGCCACGUGCAGCUCUCCCGUGCUCAGGGCGGGAGUAACACCAGUCAACACGCCCGUGGUUCUGGGUGCUACCACGAAAGGUUGAUCAGGGCACCCCAAUACCUGUCACCGAUGUAAUGAUGCGCCGAUAAAUAUUAGGAAAGGAGAUAAACCGCAGAGACAGGCCGCCCGGCGAGGAGAGGCUCAUGUGACGGCGAGGUAACAGUGCCAUGGGGUCUCCGGGUCGGCCCACCAGCGUUUACGUGCGGUGACAAAUCAAUACGGGGCCUUAACACGCGUGACAAGAGUCCUCCAGCCACGAGGGUAAGGAGCGGCGGGGAUGGCAGCAGCACCAGCACAACACGAGAGCGAGAGGAUGCUGGCGAGGUUAUCUUGAGCAUCACCAAAAAUCAAUAGCCGCAACAACACCAGCAGCAGCAGCAGCAGAGCGGACCCGGCUUUUGGGGCCAUAUGGCUGGUGGUGGGCCGGCGUGAGGGUGGCAGGGAGGGAGGCGCUGCUUGCAACAACGACACACUACCCCUCUCCAACUGGACGUGACAACCGGCUCCGUGGCAGUCUGGCCGGCACUUCAGGCACACGAAAGGGAGACCGAGAGACGGUUCUUUGUUUUUUUCAUCAAGCGAGACAAACCAUCCUUGGACCAGGUGUACUGCGUCUCUUCAAGUUAUAAAGGACAGUGGUAAUGGAAGAGUGACAGGGAGUGAUAAUUACUGAAGUGCUGAAGUAUAGAUCUGGAAACGCUUCUACAAACCACGCUGCACCUGUGACAUGUGUUCCAAUUAUUAUUUUUUCGAAGGGGAAGCGAUUUGUAACCAAGUAAUGUUCGUCUGAGUAUAAACACAUGCUGGAUACAUCAUUAGCAACACCCUGGGGAAAAAAAUAACAUACGAGAACAGAAAUAAUAGUGAAAAGUGAGAAAACGUGACGCAGAGCCAUCGUAUAAAGAGCGCCGUUAGUGUGAUGAGGCAGACUCGUCGAAGCGUUAGCCUGCAGGGGAGGUGAAGCCAGCAGGAUGGUGGUGCUGAACAGGGAGCAGGACCGCGCCCUCCUGCUGCAGUCGCUGGAGGCUGUGCCCGUGGCUAGCAAGACACAGCAGCAGCAACAGCAAGUGUCGGGUGGGGGGCAAAAAGGGUCCAGCGGGUGUCAUGUGGAGGAAGCUGGACCCGGACCCGCGACCAGCAGCAAGGACGCGGAGCCAUCAUGUACCCUGGACCCCACCGACCUGUUCUUCCUCCGCGGUCUCAUGGAUUCGCCCAUCAUGAAGGCGCUCAUCAAGGUACAGGACACGUUGGAGGACGGCGUGGGGGUGGUAGAGCCUGUCUCGACCGGCAGUGGCAAACUCGCCUCGCAGCUCCUCCUUCUGUGCGAGGGCUCGACUAGCGCGCCGUCACAAGAGUUGGCCGAGCUCCUGCAGCGGCCUCACCUGCUGGCGCUGCUGGACACCCAUGACACGAUAGCGGACCGGAGGCACGCGGGGGAAGUCAUCACCAACGGAGUCAACGGCUGCCACAACAACGCCACCUUCAUGCCGGAGGAGAAUGGCUACCCGGUGGACACCAUCAGGAUGGUGGGCCUCCGGAAGAAACCCGACGAGCCUCUGGGCCUUACCGUGCGGGAGGACGAGCCGGGCUGCCUCAUCAUCGCAAGGAUAAUGGCGGGAGGCUCCAUCGACAGACAGGGACUCCUACACGUAGGCGACGCCAUCUGUGAGGUCAACGGCGUGGAGGUGAUGACGCUGCAGGCGCUACACGAGGAGGUCGCCAAGUGUCGAGACUCCGUGACCCUGAAGGUGAUCCCGGCGCUACUGGACCCGCCCGCCGCCAACCAGGUAACCAGCAGCCUCCACCCCGACUCCACCAAGACCAUCUGCUACAUGCGCGCCCUCUACUCCUACGACCCCACCGACGACUCCUUGCUGCCCACCUGCCCCUCCCAGACCCCGCAGGAAAUAGGACUCAAAUUCACCAAGGGGGAUAUCCUACAGAUCGUGGACCAAUCAGACCCCAACUGGUGGCAGGCGCAGGUGGUCGGCGGCGGUCGGCGGACGGGUCUGAUCCCCUCGCAGGAGCUGGAGGAGCGACGCAAGGCCUUCGUACGACAGGAGUUCGACUACGUGCAUAAGAUCGGCAUCUGUGGCACGAGGAUUUCGAAGCGCAAGAAGAAGAUGAUGUUUUCGACAAAGAAGAGCACCGACUUCGACCAGGCGGAGCUGAUACUGUACGAGGAGGUUGCCCGCAUGCCUCCCUUUAUGCGCAAGACGCUGGUGCUCAUAGGCAGUCACGGCGUUGGCAAAAGGACCCUCAAGAACCGCAUCAUCGCCUCGGACCCGUCAAAAUUCGGCACCAUCAUCCCUCACACUACACGGCCGAUGCGGGAGUUGGAGGAGGACGGGAAGGCGUACCAUUUCACCACGCGGGAGGCCAUGGAAGCUGACAUACGCCACCACCGCUACCUCGAGUACGGGGAGCUGAACGCUAACCUCUACGGCACCAAGAUCGACUCCAUCCUAUCGGUCAUCCGCUCUGGCAAAAUGUGUGUGUUGGACUGUUCCCCCGCGUCCCUGAAAUACCUUCGUAACUCGAGCGAGAUGUUACCAUACGUCAUCUUCCUCGCGGCGCCCGGCAUGGACCAGAUCAAAAGCCUCUACAACAUUGGGAGCAGCAGCAGCGCCUUUGGCUACUCCGGCCGGACCAGCGCGCCCUUCGACCGCAGCAGCUCCAUUCGGUAUAGCUCAAGACGGGCCAGGACGCUUGAAUCACUGGCUUCCCUGUACGAGGAGGACGACUUCAAGCGAACGAUGGAGGAGAGUGCCAAAAUGCAGCGCGCCUACGACAAGUACUUCGACCUGGUGAUCGUCAACAACGACCUCAACGACACCUACAACCAGAUCACGGAUGCCAUCGACCGCCUGGCGACGGAGCCCCAGUGGGUGCCCGUGACUUGGGUGUACUAGCGAGACCCCGAUCACACGCACCCAUUAACACCCACCUUCUAGUUCCCCAUACUCACGGUCCCCAACUCUUCCCCACUUCCUCAACAGCCCCCAGACCCUACACAUUCUUCUAGUUUUCCCCCACCCUAUAGUUCCCCAUUCACCCCUUCACCCAUCUCAAGAAACCCCAGACUUCACUCACCUCCCCAUAAUCCCCAGAAACUACACACUCUUUUUUAUAGUUCCCAGCAACCACAGACCCUCUUAUCCUCCUUCCUAGCAACUCAAAACCACUGCAGAUCCUCUUAGUUUCCCUUCCCAUAGACCUCAACCACUGCCAACCUUCCUAUUUCCUCUCCCCAAGGCUUACGACACCUAAGUAACCUCUGUUUCCACUUCUACGACCAACGCUGUCCCUCUUAUUUCUUCUCAUGACCUCGAAUUAGUAUGCACUCUCAAACUCUCCUUCCCACAGCCCCUGAACCAUCAUCUUUAGCCUUUACCUACUCUCCUUAACCUCCAUCUUUCACAUUCAACAGACUUUAUAAGCACCAUCUCACGACCCCGAAUUGGUACCCACUCUCGAACUCUCCUUCCUUUACCUCCUCUCCUCAACCGUCUCCAGUUUUCACAUCUCAAGGGACCCCAGACAACACACCCUUUUUCUCACGCUCCCCAGACUUCACUCACCUCCCCCAUUAUCCCCAGAAACUACACACCCUCUUUUUUUAAUAGCUCCCAGCAACCACAGACUUUAUAAGCACCAACGCCCGAAUUCCAGGACACACAUUGUACCUCUCCCCGUUCUUCUUCCCCCCUUCCCAAGUUCGCCCCCUCAACUCCCCUCGACUCGUGUGCUUCGUCGAUGCCUUCUCCCUGUACAUACUGAGAUAUCGUGUUUGCGUCGAGGGAUGGAAACUUUACUAGAUGGACAAUGGAUGCAUGGAAAUCGUCCCCAUUAUACUCCCGAUGUGAAAAACGAGUUCGUCUCCAGCAGCAAGAAUGUCAAAAAAGAUACAUAGCGCUCCAUAACCACCUUUGUUUUUCUCCGUAUUAUUGUUGACUUAUGAGUUGCUUUACAGUGAAUACGAAAAGGCGGUUGGUUCUAUAGUAGGAAGGCGCUUACAGUCUGAUAAGGCUCGAGUGUUGUCCGUGUCAUGGCCAAACGUGUUGUGUUUUCUAUAGUUUGCUAAGGCGUUGUGCAGUAUUAACCCGAGUACCCAAACUGUGUACAGGUAUAUAUGUGUGUGAAUGGGCGUCGCAAGAACACUGCUCGAAUUUGUGAAACACUACACGCUUCUUAUGUCUCACCCUCAACACUUGAAUAGGUGACCGAGAACGAAAUAAAACAAACGAUAAAAAUAAGGGAUAUGAAAAUAUACAGCAAGAGAUGGUCAGCAACACGACAUAUAUCACUUGCUUCAACGAUAUACACUAAAAAAAAUAUGAAUGUACACCCACAACAUAAUAUACACUUGCAAAGGAUAGAAAGCAAUUACACACUCUCGCCCUAAUGUCUAAAUUAAGAUACAAAAACAGAGUGAGGUGGUUUUUCAGUGCGCGAUUGAAACAAGGAAAACAAAAAAGUAAUAUCACACGCCAGUUACUAGAUGCAAGAUAAUUAUACACUUGCAAAGGAUGGAAAACAAAUGCACACUGUCGCCCUAAUGUCUAAAUUAAGAUACAAAAAGGAGUGAGGUGAUUUUUCAGUGCGCGAUUGAAACAAGGAAAACAAAAGAGUAAUAUCACACGCCAGUUACUAGAUGCAAGAUAAUUAUACACCUGCAAAGGAUGGAAAACAAAUGCACACUGUCGCCCUAAUGUCUAAAUUAAGAUACAAAAACAGAGUGAGGUGGUUUUUCAGUGCGCGAUUAAAACAAGGAAAACAAAAGAAUCAUAUUACACACCAGUUCAUUCUUUCUCUUUGGUCUCCAUCACAAUAUCUAGCAGUAGAGACCUCGAGGCUCUCCUUCAGGAACGCCACAGUCACACUUGCCACAGAUACGAGGGGUGAGAUGGGAUUCCGUUUUUUUUUUUUUUUUUUUUUUUUUACGUGGCAACAGUGUGUAAAAAGGCUAGUUUGUGAGGCGAGACUUGGUAACAACUGCUGGGAGAGACUCGGGAGAUUUUAGUUAGCCUAAACAGAAACUAUGAGAUGCCCACAACUUUCCGCGCCUUCAUUCUUCUUCUCUUUGCUACUGGAACUCAUAUUAACAAACGUUCGUAAAUGUAAACACUGGUCUUUUAAAUUACGGCAAAGGAGUCAGAAAUAAAACAAGGGCGCCACAGAGAAUACACGAUAAUUAAAAGUCCGCUAAACAGUAACUAUGAGAUGCCCACAACUUUCCGCGCCUACAUUCUCCUUCUCUUUGCUACUGGAACUCAUAUUAACAAACGUUCGUAAAUGUAAACACUGGUCUUUUUUCUUACGGCAAAGGAGUCAGAAACAGAACAAGGGCGCCACGGAGAAUACACGAUAAUUAAAGGCCCGCUAAACAGAAACUAUGAAAUGCCCACAACUUUCCGCAAACGUUCGUAGAUGUACACAAUGGUCUUUUUUCUUACGGCAAAGGAGUCAGAAACAUAACAAGGGCGCCACAGAGAAUACACGAUAAUUCAAGGCCCGCUAAACAGAACCUAUAAAAUGACAAAAGGCCCAGAACUUCCUACGCCUCAACUAUAACAGACAACGCAGGAUACGCAAUGAUUCUGAGACUUCGAUGUAUAUGUGUGUGGUUGUUAGUGCGUGCGAUGCGGAUGAUGAGUGUGAUAGGCAAGGUCACAGUAUUCGAUAGAGUGGAUGGAUGGAGAGACGGUAUAGAAAAGGAUGAUUUUUUUUGUAAUUACGAAAGACAAUAAAUAAUGAUAGAAAGGAAUUACAAGUCACAGUUUUAUCUACUUUUUUUUUCUCCCUUCCUCGGUCUGUCUGAAUUAAUAUAAUGUGUGUAGGGGAAAGGAGGGAGUUGUUGCCUCCCCCUCCCUCUUCCCCCUCUUCCACCUAGCUCACAGCCAUGCAAGAAACAGACAAUAAUGAGUAUCACGUGAUCAGGAUAUGUUACGUGUUCGGUUAUUUUUUUAUGACUUCCUUUUGUAAACUCAUUUCCAAACGUCUCUGUCUAUGUAAAACUUUUCCCCCGGCGUCCGUGGCAUGAAAACAAACAAACAAUAAAUAAAUAACUUUUUUGAGUUUGAACGACGGCAAUGGACUUCACUGACAGAAUAUACGCAAGUGGUUUUUUUUUCGUUCAUGCGUAUCGGCAAGGCGCGUAGCAAGGCUGUGUGUGUUUGCUUUUAGUGUUGAGAGAGAGAGAGAGAAAAGAAAAAAAAACCAGUAUUGCCUUUUGCCUGUCCGUGUCUAAACUGUGACUGUACGAAGUGUGGAUCAAAGGAACCGAGAUGGAGGCCGCGCCGAAGUGGGUGUGCCGAAUUGGAGCCGAGUUGGAGGCCGCGCCGAAGUGGGUGUGCCGAAUUGCUAAAACUGACGCUUACACACACACACACACACACACACACACACACACACACACACACACAAACACACACUGCAUCCCUCCUCUCUCUCCUCACUUGUUAAUCUAAUACUAGACUUUAUUCAUUUUUUCGUAUAUAUCUAUUGUUUUCACUCAUAAACUACGUACACACAUAUUAUACCAACUCAAAGUAUUCGCAAAUCGAUUGAACAUAAACAUCAUUUUCGUAUGUAUGGUUGCGGACGCGUCUUGUUGUUUCCUGAUGAUAUAAAAAAUCUCAACAGUUUUCUUUUUGUUUUCGUUUUCUAAGGUCCACUUCGACAUUCCAACACCAUAUUCUCCUCAAUGAUUCACUAUUUCCACUCAAAACCAGGUAUUAAUAAAGAGAUUUCCUGAUGUGUGGUUUCCUAAAAUUUCCUCCUUUCUAUAUCAACGCUAAACAAGGAAUUUUCGUCGUAUUUUCUCUUUGGUUGGGGAGCUCACAAACCUCCUGUAUUGGACUGUAAAACUGGCCCUUGAUGAGUGUCCGCCGCCCUGCAGUGUUGCCAGACAUGUGGUGGACACUUACAGCCACACUAACUCCUCCUCCUACUACUCCUUUAUCAAGUAUUUUAUCCUAUAUAUAGUUUUAUAUUUAUGUUUAUACAGAAAGAAUAAAAUUAACCCUAU